AUGACUCACAACGACCAACAAGUCACAACUGCAGAAGGGAAAGCCGAUGCUUUCAACAAAUACUUCGCCUCCAUUUUUCGUCCCGUUUCGCCAAGUUCUCCAAUUGUUUCUCCGUCUCUUUCCAGCCAGAAUAAUCUCGAGUCUAUUACUGUAUCAACAGAAGAAGUUAGUUAUCUUCUAUUAAACCUCUUGACGGACAAAGCCACUGGACCUGAUGGAAUAUCUGCCAGAUUGUUGAAAGAAUGUUCGAACGAAAUUGCUCCGUCUUUAACAGCGCUAUUCAACAAGUCCCUGUCUUUCGGUAAAGUUCCUCAAGAAUGGAAAGAAGCUAAC